AUGGCCGAAGUCAUCUUUGCCAGGCAGUUCCUGUCGACCCUGGAGUCGCGCCCAGCUAAGCUGUCGGCCGACCAUAUUGAAGACCCGAAGAACUUCCCGGCACGCCCUCCCUACAUCCUGCCUAAGAUGCCCAAGACGAUGAGCAAGCCCACGAGCCUCGCACCCGGACAAGAACGAAGCGUCACCGUAUCCCUCAAGUCCCUCCGCAACCCUCCUCUCGACAUCAAGCUGUCCUCCCAGCCGCUCAACACCUCGAUCCUCGACAUCAAGACCCAAGUCGAGUCGCAGUCACGGAUACCUGUGGACAAGAUGAAGCUGUUGCACAACAAGAAGCCCGUACCCGACAGCAAGGUUCUGAAGGACUUGAUUACAGACACUCAGUCGUCGGUUGAGUUCUCGGUCAUGGUCAUCGGUGGAGCGGCAGCCGUCAAGCCUGCUGAUGCUGAGCCUGCACCUGUCGCAAGCGACCCCGCACAAGGAGAUAUCGGCGAGGCUGCAUUGGAGACGGCGGAAUUCUGGAGCGAUCUGAACGGUUUCUUGCUGCAGAGGCUCAAGGACGAGAAGAAGGCAGAAGAAUUGUCGGCGCUGUGGCGCUCGGCGUGCCAGGCGAACAAGUCAUGA